UUUGGGCGUAGCUGUCCUUCGUGCUCUCUUGUUCUCUUCUUCCUUUACAAAAAUUCCAGUCCUCUUUUCUCCGGUUACUUUUUAGCAAUGGCCUCUGCCGAGAUCGAGUUCCGUUGCUUCGUCGGAGGGCUCGCCUGGGCCACCGACAAUGAUGCGCUGGAGAGGGCCUUUUCUCCGUUCGGUGAGAUCAUCGAAUCGAAGAUCAUCAACGACCGUGAGACCGGGAGGUCCAGGGGCUUCGGCUUCGUCACCUUCAGCAACGAGAAGGCCAUGAGGGACGCGAUCGAAGGCAUGAACGGCCAGAACCUCGACGGCCGUAACAUCACCGUUAACGAGGCUCAGUCUCGUGGAAGCGGCGGCGGCGGCAACGGAGGAGGUUACAGCCGCGGAGGCGGCGGCGGGGGAUAUGGCGGUGGUGGUGGCUACGGAGGUGGCGGCCGGCGUGAAGGCGGGGGUGGUGGCUACAGCCGUGGAGGCGGUGGUGGUGGAUAUGGCAGUGGAGGUGGUGGAUAUGGCGGUGGUGGCCGUCGUGAAGGUGGUUAUGGGGGUGGUGAGGGCGGCGGCGCUCGCUAUUCCAGGGGCAGCGGUGGCUCUGAAGGCGGCAGCUGGAGGAGUUAAAUUUUAGGUUUAGGGUUUGGGAAUUUAGUGUUGCUUUUUUGAUAUGUUCUAGGGUUUAGGUGGUUUCUGGAUCUGGUUCUCUGAAUCUCUCUAGUUUGAUGGUGGUGUGUUCUUUGCGCUCGAUAAUUUUGAUCGAUGACUAUGUUACUUUUUCCUGUAUUUUUGUUCCCAAAGAAAAAAAAAAUGGUGUUUGAGAAAUGAAGUAUAGUUCUUCGUUCGCAUA